AGCCUACCCUUAAAGAAGAAGAAGAAGCGUUCAUCCUUCGCCGCUCACAAAAUUUUGCCAACUGACCACCAUGAAAAUCCUGUUAUAGCCCUGUUGCGAAACAGUUUCUCGCAAAACAAAAAUUACUGGUACAGUUAUGUACACUUCAAAAAACGACAGCGACAUUUGCAGCUGUAGAUUAGGCGACAACGGUCUCCUAAAGCAAGCGACAUUGCGACACAGCUACCCCCCUUGGAAGGCCUCCUUAAAGUUUAUCUGCAUGCGGACGCUAAUUUACUUUGUUUACUUUAGGAGCCCGAAAAAGUAUUUUUUUUCUUAACUUCGCAGAAACGUGCAGUGAUCCUGGAGCUCCACAAAACAGUCGCCGAAUUGGUAGUGAUUUCAGGCAUGGAAAGACCAUUAAAUUUCUCUGCCUUCACGGCUUUACGUUGCGCGGUGUGAGUAACAUAACCUGCAAUGACGGAAGAUGGAGCAGUGAAAACCCCGUAUGCUCAGGUAACCAAAGGCGGUUUGCGGUUUAAACAACGAACUAAAAAGAUUGCUAGGUUUGCUUUUUCUUUUUCUGUUUUUCCAUUCCUGAAAAAAAGUUGCAGCGCUAUGUAUCGUUAUUGUUAUAAAUUCGCUCGUCGUUAAUCCUAUUUCGAAAAGCGCAAAGGAAGAAAGGGUAUGGAGAUGGGGACUAGAAAGGCGCGCAAACACACAAACACCUGAAGGCCAAAGUAAUAGUUCUUUACGGCUGACAAAAUGGCGUGAAACUUUCCACCGAAUGUAUAAGAAGCAUCUAUGUAUCACCGUGGGACUUGAGGUUACUUAAAUUAAACGUAUUUUGGCUGAAACAUUUGUUGGAGGAUUGAUUUGUGUCGCGCGGAACCUCUUGACUGUCGAAAAAGAAAGGUCAAAUAACACUCAAGUGCUGUGUGAAUUUUGCGUUCCCAAAAAUUCAUUUCAUAUGUUGCCCAGAGUUUUGAAAGUAUAUUUUGAAAGCUUAGAGAUUGCUUUUUAACGUGGAAUGUCUUUUUCUGUUAGAAAUCAUGUACUGGAUGUGAUUUAGGCCUUUUGAAAUCUGACAAUAUUUUGCUCGCGUAAAAGCCUUAAAAUUUUGUAAAUAUUUAAAAAUCCAUAAAAUAUUCCAGUUGCGAUCAAUUCAAGAACAUGGCCACUCAGUAUGUGUACGAAACCCCUUUAAAUACGAUAAGAAGCUUUUUGGGUUGGAUGAUAUUUGAGUUCGAUUGAAAUCGUAGUCUUUUCGUAGCCAGGUCUAGGGGCCCGAAAAAGCGGUCUGGCGGAGGCCGUCAAUCGGCCGAAGUUGACAUUCGUCGUAUAGCCAAAAUAUUUAUCCAAUGGAACUAAAAUUUAUAUUUCAUUACUAGAAUACCCAGGGGAGUGUACAUAAUUUGUUUGGGAUUGUUGAAAAAUUUUAUUUUUUCCACCUCUGGUCGUUAUUUACAGACAUCCGCUAUUAAAACUUUAAUUAAAAACUUCGCGUACAUUCAUUCCAAACGUAGAAAGUCAGUUAUGUUUAUGCUUUUUCAGAAACGUCUUUUUUUUUAAACAAAGUAAAUUCGCCACCAACCCGCCAAUUUCCUUCAUUUAAAAUUUUUGGUCACGUGACAUGUCACGUGACCAUGAUAAAACGUUAAGGAACAAGAAGACCUGAAAAUUUACUUGUGGGGAAAAAUUAUUUUGUUCUAGGUCUCCUAGCAAGAUAUUGCCAAUCAUUCAUAUACUCAGAACAUAGUGUGAAUCUUGCUCAAGUAGUGCCAUACAAUCAGGGGGACACAGGGUGAUAAUGUAAUCGUUUGAAAAUUAACAUUCACCCCACUCCCUCCGAAAACUUAAUUAAGUUUUUAAUUGAAGUUUUAAGAGCGGAUGUCUGGCGCUGCUGGAGGACUGUGACGUCCAAAACAAUGGUCGCCAUGUUGGCGGCCAUCUUGGAUUUUACCAAGAAUUAGAAGUCUGGUUAAAACCAUGAUAAUGGUAAUUUUUUGUGGUUUACAUGAAAAAUAACACAUAAAUAAGCACUUUGCAUGAUAUUAGCCACAAGAUUUACUUUUAUUGUUGAAAGAAGUUGAAAAAACAUGCAUUUUUACCCAAAAAUGGCUUGACCACCUGCUACUUAUGAUGUCAUAUCUCGUGACCAUAGCAACUGACCAUCACUGAAUGAAAAAAUGAAUGAAAACUUUAUAAAUUAACGAGUCUUUAAGAAAAUAGCUGAGGGGAAAAGUCCUUCUACUAACUGAGGAUACCAACUAACACUUUCUAAAACAGAUAAAUAGAAUAAAUAAAUUACAUCGUUUAUUUGAAUGCAACCAUAGUGCUAAACAUAUUCUGUAAAGAUAAUUAUACAGAAAAAAAUCUAAUUCAAAGUAUAGUGUUCCUUCCCGGCUAGAUACGUCUUUCUCUCUGUGCCAGAAUCCUCUCAUGCUAAAACUAUAAGUUAUCAAAUUUCUCAUUUAUCUCAGUUAUCAUAACACACGCCCAGUUACAUUUAUAUGACCAAGAGGACCUACUAGUUAGAGCGAAGCACGAAGGGUCAUACUACUUCCAAUACAACUUAGUGCAGGAGUCAUGUGAUGCCAGUCGCUUAUUUUUAACCCUAAAAAUAACUUGAGUGAAAUUCACAUAUCCCAGCCAAUGCCCUAAGAUUCCCUCUCUGUCCCAUAGACCUAUUCGGCUAACUCAAUGUUGUACCCAAUUCAAACCCUUUGGGAAUAAAACGUUUUGUUUCAGGAAUUUCCAUAUCAUUUAAAUGUGAAUGCCACAUUAUAAUGCAAAUACAAUACACAAAGAAUCUUAUCCCCGGGAGAUUUGAAUUGGGUACAACAUUGAGUUAGCCGAAUAGGUCUAUUAUGGCUCUUGCAUGCACUCAUUGGGUGGGUUUUUUUACCUGUGUAGAUUUCUGCAAAGACGAGGGAGCUGGCAACCACGCUGACCCUGACAACUGUUACGGCUUCAUUAUGUGCGAUGUGGCUGGUAAUGCAUUCGAAAAGGAUUGCCCAGCAGGGCUAGCAUUUAAUCCAAGCCUUCUUGUAUGUGAUUGGCCUGAAAACGUCGAAUGCGAGGCUGGAAGUGGGGAGUUAUUAUGAUGUAGAAACAAGCAUACAGCCUCUCUGUUAAUGUGUGUGUCAUCCAAAGCAGAAAUUAAUGGUUGUAAUUUAAAUGAGUCAUCCAAGUCAAUCCAAAUCUUCACUGCCCUAUAGGUGAAAGAUUGUUGCCCCGAAGCUGUUUUGAAAAGUGGGAUUUCAAGGCUGCUUCGAGGUUGUGCGUCAACCUGUCGUGAAUAUUUGUUCUCCAUAAUAAGUUGGAGCAAACGUAACCAGGUGCAAGAUUAUAAGAGCACUUGAAAGGCAUAACAGCGUCUCUAAGGUAUAACUGCUGUUUAACAGGGACCCAGUUAAGCUAACGUUAAAGCGG